AUGAAAAAUUCUUUGGUGAAGGUGGAAACCUCUACUGGAUCAGUAUUCCCAGCCAGCUUUGACAGAACUUCUAGAUGUCCAGAUGAAAUUGUUAGGAGGAUCCGGGUGACUGUAUGUUUUGAGGACCCCCAUUGGACUGGAAGGUUACUAGAGACAUAUGAUACUCAGACAGACCGAUUUGUCAUUGCUCCAUGCACAUGGAAGUGGGACUAUUUGUUUCAACACCCAGACUGGAGAGAAGCCUUUCCUUUGAGGCAGCCCCGGGUAUUUGAGAGGGCAAGUGGAAGUUGGAGGAGGCGCUUGGUAAAAUAACAAGGGCAUGAAUUUCCAAAUUGAAAAAAUUCACUAUCUAUGAUAUUCGAUUUCAUUGGGCAACCAAAUUUCCUUGGUAUUAAAAAGUCAGAUACUUCUCCUCAUUUGUAAUGCUAUAUGGUAGUUUGGACCAUAAUAGCUUUCAGGGAUGGCUGGAUUGAUUAGAAUUAGAGCUCAACCGAUAAUCUGAUUUUUGUUUGAGGAAAAAAAUGCAUAUAUUAUCGGAUCAUCAUAUUUGGAUCUGUUGUCUGUUGUAGUAACCUUGGAUGGAUUUACAGUUUCCAGUGUGUCUAAUGAGUUA